AGGGCAAUGGCUGAUGCCUCAGGAGCUUCGUCUUGGCUGCAGAGGGCCAGGAAGACGGUUGAGAAAUCACAGGAGUGGCAAGAUUUCACCAAGGGGCUUUUGGACAGCAUCCAGCAGCAGAUGAGAGAGAGCCACGUGAACACCUUCAUGGACCUCUCCGAGGCAGAAAAGGCUUUCGUCUUACAGAAAGCCACCAAGGCUGUUCAAGGAGGUGAUUCAUAUAAGACUCUGAUGUCACAGGUGAGCGCUUGCUUGGAGAAGGAGAUUUACCACCAGAUUGCUCAGGAGAUGCAAGAUGGAGGUCGGGUGAAAAACAGGCUCGCCUCACUCUUGACUCACAUUGAGGAUGGCAUGAUGACCUUGCUGGAGGAGUGGCCAGAUCUGAAGGGCAGGCUCUGCUCUCUUUUUAACCAGCCUUUACCUGCCAAAUUGCGUGGGCUCACAUGGAGGCUGUACCUGUCCAACAGGAAGGCAAGGUUAGAAUACCUUUCCCAAAGAGCAGCACAUCGGGCUACAUCCUGGAAGGACAGAGAGAUCUCUUUGAGAUGCCAGGACCUUCUGGAUUCUGAGCCGACAUUCCUGCCCCUGAAAGAGAGCAAAGUUGCAGCCAGAUGCCUGAGGAACGUACUGUCAUAUUACCACAAACUCCAGGGCACAUCCACCCCUCUGUGCGAGCAAAAUUAUUUCCUUCCGGUGCCUCUGUUGCAAGCCAUCUUGGACACGGCUUCCCGCAGCGCCCCAGAGUCUGUGGCCUCUGCUUCAGCCCUCCUAGUUGAAGAAUUUCUGACUUUCAUGAAGUUCCAUCCGUGGCUUUCAGAGUUCUCCACCUCCCAGAGCCCUCACAGUGCCAACAUUCUGGAGGAAGCAGCCUCAUUGCUAGAAGAAAUGGACAGAGAUCUGGCAAGGUUCUUGAAGGACAUGUGCGUGCAACCAGAGGAAGACCGCAAAGAAGCCCGACUGAGCGGGGUGAGACAUGUGCUUCAGCCAGCCCUCAGCACUCUGUUUGUGGGAUACCUGAGGAUGGACACUUUGCUGUACAUUUGGGACCAGAUCAUCCUGGGUCUUGAGCAGCCCUCAUUCAACUGCCUCCCGGCAUUCGCUGCGGUUUUUCUUCUCUUGCUCCAAGACCAGCUUCUCAAGUGUCAGUCCAGGGCUGAACUGGAAGUGACGCUAAAGGUUCAAGGACCGGCCUUGUCCAUUCAAGAGUUCCAAGAUAUGAUGGGAAAACACUUCUUUGAUGAACUCUACAAACAGUUGCAAAGAGACAGCCACCAACCCUUCCCAAUCCAUGAUCCCACCCAAGCUUUUCCUCCAUGGAGCUAUAGAGAUUCCCGAAUAGCAGCACCUCCGCGGACAAAGCCAGAAGACAGGAGGAGAAUGAGAGAGGAACGGGUGUUGCUAAAGAGGCAAUGUGAGGAAAGGAUGAAAGAGGAAGAGAGGCUUCAAAGGGUCAGAGAAGAGGAAAUGAAGAGGCAACAGGAGACUCUUCUGCUGCAGAAUUUAGAAGCAGCCACGAGGAACUAUGAAAUGCAGAAACGCCUCCUGGAAGAGCAGUUGUCACAGGAGAGGCAGUUUCGCUAUGAAAUAGAAACAAAAGCAGAAGAGCAGAUCAGCAGAUUGCAGGCUGAAAUCAAUGGACUCAGAGACUGGAAGAUGGCUUCUUCAGAGACCAACUCGGCUGGAAGUCUCCGAGCCCCCCCACCUUCACCAGAAUCCCAAGAGCCAACUCAGGCUCCACAUCAUCGUUUUUCCUUGGCAAAAGCAGCCACAGGGAACAACACACCCAAGACAAGUGACAGAGAAAAUCAAGUGAGGGCUGUCACACUUGAACUGCUGAAGCGGAUGAUGGAGACGGCCAGCACAAGUAAGAAGAUUCUUUCUGAACUGCAGCUGUUUGUGGUUGCAACCUUCUACCUGGUGUCUGUUUUCCUCUCGUUAGUGUUUAACGGAUCAAGUGCAGAAGCCCAGGAACAACUUGAUGCGGCCACAAGAGAGCAUCUUCAGAACUACUUCCAAGAUCAAACAAAUGCAAAAAUUGAGAUUUUUGGGUAUGAAAUCGGUGAAGAAGAAAUAGAGGACAUUCCAGAACCGGAAAGAAAAGAAAUGAGAAAGAAACUGGAGGCAAUAAUCAGAAGAGGGACAGAAGCUCGUUACAAAGCCCAGCUUGCAGCCAGAAGACGUUUACCAGGAACUGUGGCUUGUGCAGAAAAAUCCCAACUACCAAAGUAGGCUUCAUGCAAGCAAGGCCUAUGCAUCCCAUAGGGAAGGAGAGUGGAAACA